AUGAAGCUGCACGAGCUCAUGGCCAAGCUGGAGGAUAGCACGGCCGAAGAAACGGAGGCGAGCUUCGGCAACAUCGGCGAAGCUAUCCUGUUCCACCUUAAGCCGUCGGAGCCGCCGACGACGAGGGCGCUGGCCUUAGACGUGGCGCAGACCUUCGUGCAGAACGUGCUCAGCGAGCGCUCCAAGGACAAACGGUCCUCCAAGAUUCGAAGAAGGGCUUUCAAGGAACUGCUGGCCCACUUGAUACCUCUGAUGCUGGACUGCCUCAAGAGCCCGGAAGGGAGCAGCAGCUCGUCGUCCCCUAGAGACGAAAACGCCUCCCUCGGGAACAACUCCUCCCUCGGGGGGGCCGGCGGACAGGGAAGAGGGGAAGAGUUUGGGGACGGGGGUGAAGGGGCUGCAGGGGGACUCGCGGCUGGGAAGGGUCUCGGGGGGGAGGUCAUCGUGCUGCACUACUACCAGCAGCACCACCAGUACUUGCUGAAGGUGGCCGUCUUGGAGACGAUGAACAGGUUCUUGACGGUCCUGCGAGCGUUGUUCCGACCGCCACAGUCUACUCGGGUGCAGAAGGUGGUUGCGCCGCUCCUGGAUGCGUCGGAAGAGGUGCUGAAGGAGAAGGCGGCGGCGGUGCUGGGAAAGCUCUCGCUGUGCGGCAGGGACACGUUGAAGUGGGCCAACAUCGCCAUCAAGGUUUCGCUCGAGUCGCACAACCUCUUGCAGGACGCGUGGCCUGACGAGAUAGUCGGGCAGGUGCCGUCGGCCCAGGUGGAGACCAUCAUGGGCGAGCACCCGCUGCUACCCCCCAUCCAGGACACGUUCAACAAGGGUGAUGUGGAGGCUUACGUGCUGUCGAUCGGAAGGCGUUUUCCGGCACUGUGCAAGCUGCUGGCCACGCUCGUAACGGCCUCGCCGCCAAAGUCGCAGGAGCCCGAGAGGGUCCUGAGAAUGGGCGAACAGGCCUGGGCCAAGCUCGAGGAAGAGAGGGCGGGCGUCAAGCGCGACGAUCCCAGCCCGACUCGCAGAAGAGCCUCCGCUACGACCGCCCAGGAGUCCGCCACCAGCACCAACACCAGCACCGCCGACGGCACCCUCUCUCCCGAGCUAGCCGCUAGGGUGUCCGGCCUCCUGUUGCCCUCCGCGGUGACCCUGCUGGAGGCCCUGGUUGCCAGCUCUAGGCUCGAGAAGGCGAUGGAGGACCGGCAGGGGACGGUGUGCCAGUGCAUGGGCCAGGCGGUCGCCCAGACGCCAGUUCAAGGCGGAGUGAGGUUUGCGGCGUACCGCGCCAUGGCGGUGAUCAUCAGGUACAUCAGGCCGGACACAGCGGCAGAGGGGCUGGGAGUGCCGAUACUCCCUCUGCUGUUCAACGAGGCACUCCUUGCUCUCGGCAACCGUGUCAACCUCCACGCCCUCAACACUACGACUAAGACGGACGUCGGGCCGAGAAGCAGAAACAGCGAGAAGGGCGGCGGCUCGCCGAAGCCGCUCCUGUUCAACGUGCGGAACCCUCUCAACAACGGCCACGGCGCCAAGCUGCACGAGGACACUGUCUGGGCGGGGGUAGAGUGCCUCGCCACGUUCAUCUUGGACUGUGGUCUCUUCCUCCCGGCAGCCCAGGUUGCCGAGGUGGAGAGCGUCGUGACGGAGGGGGUGGAGCUCCUUGCGCACCGGCCCCUGGAAGUGAGCCCGUUCAACGAGGACGAGCCGCAGGUUCUGAGACACGCGUCCACCAGAGAAGCGUUCGUGAGGCUCGUGCACUACUACUUGCUGCUGGCGGAGGAGAAGAAGCGCAACCCUGGGAGCAAUCUCUACACGGAGGCUAAGUUGGCCUUCCACUGCCACCUUCAGGACCCUGAUGGAGCGGUGGCUAGGGAAUGCAGGGUGGCGUUGACAGCCCUCAAGACGGAUAGAGUGGACCACAGGACCAAGGAGAACGAGAAGGCGCUCGAGGACAUGGAAGCCGAGGCAGACCAGAACAUGCACAACUCAGGAACCGGAGAGGUCGGUUACACCCUGGAAGAGCUCGAGAACGGCGAGUAUCACGUCGUGCGGAGGGUUUCAAAGUCUCCCCGCAAGAAGGUCGGCUGGCUUCCUUCCCCUCACUGA